CCCCAAAUCAGAUUUCAUAAAACCAUUUCAAGUCCGCUCUCACGAAACACGAAAACCCUAAAAACAUUCAACUUCAUCAUCAGAUACAGAGAGAUUAUCAACUCUCACACGGUUAUAACCUGUAAGAAAACGUUCUGAAGCAUCAAAGUUCGUAAGAUCGAGUUCAAUUUCACUUUAUUUUUGCUCGUUUUGCAGAUUUCGAACGGAUUUCAGAUAUAUUAACAGAUUUUUUUUUAGCACAAGCGAUGCUUAAGUGAUACGAGAUAUAGUUCCUCACAAUUAUGGCUUCUGGUGGAAUGGCACAUUCUACUGUUGAAAAAGUUAAUGAUGAUGCAAUGUUUGUUGACAAACUGCCCGAGGAAAUCAAUGAAAUGAAAAUCAAAGAUGACAAGGUGGAAAAGGAAAUGGAGGCGACUGUAGUGGAUGGAAAUGGCACUGAAACUGGUCACAUUAUUGUUACCACUAUCGGAGGAAGAAACGGUCAACCCAAACAGACAAUAAGCUACAUGGCAGAGCGUGUGGUAGGCCAGGGUUCUUUUGGAAUUGUGUUUCAGGCUAAAUGCUUAGAAACUGGAGAAGCCGUUGCAAUUAAAAAAGUGUUACAGGACAAACGAUACAAAAACCGGGAACUACAAACGAUGCGACUUCUUGAUCAUCCCAACGUUGUUUCGCUCAAACACUGCUUCUUUUCAACUACAGACAAAGACGAACUUUAUCUAAAUUUGGUUCUAGAAUACGUGCCCGAAACAGCUUAUCGUGUAGCAAGACACUAUAGUAAGGCAAAUCAAAGGAUGCCCAUGAUUUAUGUCAAACUAUACACCUAUCAGAUUUUCAGAGCACUUGCGUAUAUUCAUGCAAUCGGCGUCUGCCACCGAGACAUUAAGCCUCAAAAUCUUCUGGUCAAUCCUCAUACCCACCAGCUCAAACUCUGUGACUUUGGAAGCGCGAAAGUUCUGGUGAAAGGCGAACCGAAUAUAUCGUAUAUAUGUUCGCGGUAUUAUCGCGCACCUGAACUCAUUUUUGGGGCAACUGAAUACACAACUGCCAUUGAUGUAUGGUCGGUCGGUUGUGUUCUUGCUGAACUUCUUCUAGGACAGCCUCUGUUUCCAGGUGAGAGUGGAGUUGACCAACUUGUAGAGAUCAUCAAGGUCCUUGGUACACCAACGCGUGAAGAAAUCAAAUGCAUGAAUCCAAACUACACUGAAUUUAAGUUCCCACAAAUCAAAGCUCACCCGUGGCACAAAAUUUUUCACAAGCGGACCCCACCAGAAGCCGUAGAUCUUGUUUCAAGACUCCUCCAGUAUUCUCCUAACUUGAGGUGCACUGCGUUGGAGGCAUGUAUCCACCCUUUCUUCAACGAACUUCGUGAUCCAAACACACGUCUUCCAAACGGGCGGCCCCUGCCACCCCUCUUUAAUUUCAAGCCUCAAGAGUUGAAAGGGGCAUCUUUGGAACUUCUGGCUAAACUGAUACCAGAGCAUGCUCGCCACCAAUGUUCUUUCCUUGGCUUCUAAGUCACUCAAAUUAUUAUUAUUGUUGUUGUGUAACAUGUUCUGUUAAGCGUUAUAUUGUUCAACUUUAUUGUCUCUCUUUCAUCUUCACCUCACACCAGAACUUGAAUCUUGUGCAGUAUGUAACCGUCGGAUAUAUAAUAUUAGUUUUGUCGUUUUAUCUGUCAA